CUUUCAUUGGUAAAACAGUUUUGUUGACACUGGUCUUUGUCAGACUGACCGAGUAAUCCUGCCAGAAUACUCUUUCUGCUCCAGUCCAGAAAGAUGAAGUCAUUCAUUAAUGCCUUUAUCUGCCUUUAUCUCAUUGGAAUCAGGGACACUGUGAUGGUUCCGCUCAAUACAGGCCUCAGCUUCGAUUCGGGGGUUCUGUAUGAGUACGAGUACAGCACGUCUGUUGUGGUGGCUCCCAUAUCUGUGGAUUUUAGAGACGUUACUGAAUUCACUAUACUAGCAGUCAUACACAUCCAUUCAUUAUGGAGGAACGGCCAGCAAGAGCAGCUUCUGCACUUACAGAUUCAAGAUAUAAAACUUAUUCCUAAUUCAAGUGACUCUACCAGCAAACCAUUGGUCUUUGGUGACAUGGAGAGUGACACUGAACAUUUUAAGGAACCGUUUCUUGUUCAUAUUCACUCAGGAAAGAUUAAAGGAAUCUUUGAAGUUCCUUCUGACAACACGGUCAGUUUGAAUUUCAAGAAAGGAUUGGCGUUGUUGCUCCAAAUUCAAGCUCAGUCUGGAAUCAUUUUGGAAGAUGACAUUACAGGACAAUGUCAGGUCUCCUACCACAUGACAGGGAAUGAAAUCAUCAAAGUCAAACAUCAUGAAAACUGUGAAAAGGGAAUGUCUGAUGAUAUGAUGUUUGCUAAUCAGUUCUUUAGGGUGAGUUCAGGUGGGAGAUCUGAAACAGUUUACACCAUGGAUGCUAACCACAUAAAAUCGGUCGAUUCAGAGGAAUUACGAUCACUGUUUUUAGAUGAACAUCCUACAGUCGGAAUCCACAUUUCUUCAAGGCAGUUUUUGCAGCUUUUAUCAACACAGUCUGGUCCCAGUGAGGCACAGGGAGAGCUGCUGGACAUGCUCAGCUCUCUCAGAGCAGGCCAUGUGAAUCAUACUGUUCAUGCAAGCAUAGCAGUCAGACAACCUGCCACUAACAGAGAAACAGUCCAUAAAAUCUUAGAUCGUUUGAAAGCUAAAGGACUGCACACUCAGUCACCGACAGUGGACAUUUUUCUCCAGCUGUCUGAAUCCAUGAGAAAUCUGGAAAUGGAUGAAAUUCUAAAUAUUUUUAAAAAGGCUCCAGCCAACAUUGUUCCUAGUCUGAUAGACACGGCAGCAGCAGCCUCUACACCUGCUUCUCUGGAGGCUCUUGUCUCUUUUCUCAACAUCACAAAUCCAAAGACAUCACCGCUGCUGGAGAAAUUCCUCUACGCCUGUGCAUUCUCUUCUCAGCCAUCCACUCACUUAAUUAAUAUCAUCACUCGCAUCCUUACACAAACAUCUGCACAGUGGGAGACACACGAAAUGGCUCUCAUUGUUCUUGGGACGGUAAUAAGGAAAAUGUGUUCUGUAAACAUGUGCCACCUUCAGGAAGUUGAUCAAGCUAAGAGAUUUAUUGUGAGUGGACUGAGUGCAUCCAGUGAAGAAAGAAAAAUAAAAUCAUACCUGCUAGCUCUAAAAGGUGCUCGUCUUCCAGAGACAGUGCCUGUCCUUCUCCAGUAUAUUGAUCGCUCCAAAUCUCUGUCAAGCAUUGUAUUCUCAGCAUUGCAGGGCUUUCCACCUCAAUAUAUCACAAAAGAGGUUAAAGAGUAUGCCAGAGACAUUUUUACCCAAAGAAAGAAGCCAUUUCCUGCUUCUGUACGUCUGGAUGCUGCCCAGCUCUUGCUUAUGUAUCAUCCUCUGGAUGUAGAUGUUCGAGAGAUAAUCCUGAAAAUUUCAGAGGAAAAAAACGAGGUCUCCAAGUUCCUUACCACCAAAAUUAUGAGCAUGUUACAUUCAGAUUCUCCUGCCAGAAAUGUCAUCCGUAAUGUAUUAAAAGAUCCAAAGCUAAAUAAUUAUUUCCAUCUUGCACGACUUGGUUGUUCCUCAUCAUUUGCUGGACUAAUGGCAGAGAACAAAGACACGGUUGCAUCAUAUGAUUUUGAAUUUCUCUUCUCUGAGGCUGGAGUUCUAAAGCAAAGCAACAGUCACUUCUAUGCUCAAACCAGAGGGAGAAGGUUACACUUACUACAGGUUUCUCUAGAAACAAGUGGACUUGAUUCUCUAUUUGGGUCUGAAGCAUCUAAAGAAGCAGAAGAGGAAGAGCUGAUGGCAGGAAUGUCAGCCAUGUUUCUGGGUGUACAGAUCCAACCUGUUGUCUUUUUCCAAGGCUAUGCAGACUUAAUGAGCAAAUACUUCUCAGCAGGUGACGGACCAAUGAACAUUAUCUCUGGAAAUAUACUUGUUCUCAAUAACAGACAGAGUCUAAUGCUUCAGUCUGGACUACAAGCUCAGGGGGUUUUUCAUGGAGGUCUUUCUGUUGAUGUUUCAGCUAAUUUGGAAUUCAGCUUAUUUACUCAGGAGUCUAAAAGCUCUGUCAAUAACAAGUUUUCAUUAGUCGUCAGUGCCAAGGCAGAAGUGGACGCUGCACUGAUGAGCACUACGGCUGAGACCGUGGUGAAGAUGGACCCUUCUGUCAGAUUUGUCACCACUGUUAGCUUCUAUAACACACCUGUACAAUACUGUCUGCAGCUUAUCAAAGAGCCUCUGCUUUACAGAGAGAGAGUGUCUACCCAAGUAAACUUUCAAAACAGACGAAAACUUGUUCAGCAAAGCAAACAAAAAUGGAUUUUUUCUGGAGAAGAGGCAGCACUCCACAAGGACAAUUCAAAGAUGUGUAGAAAUUUACUUAACUCUAUAUAAUAAAGAAAAUUGAUUCUAUACCUGCUAAUAAAGAACUUUUUAAAGAACUCAACAGUUACUCAUCUGUUGAGUACGAUAAGUGGCAAGCUCUGAGUGUGUAUAUGACUACAAGAAUGAC